AUGAAGACGGCUUUCCUGCUCUCCCUCGCGGGUCUCUCAACCGCCCAGCUGAGCGGCUUUGACUGGGACGCCAUCGACGCUGCUGGACCUCCUGCGGAGGCGACCGUCCCUGUCGGAGUCGUGACGGCCUCCACGGCCGACUAUGCCUCUGAGACGGCCGCUGCUUCUGUGGCCAGCGACGUGAUCGAGUCCCCCUUGACGGCCGCCACCGCAGUCGCAACUCCCGUCCCAUCAGCAAUCCCCGGGCGCCGACAUAGGUUCCGCCGCGAUGCCUGCGCCCCUCAACCUGCUGGUUACGGUCCCGUGGCCGACCCAGAUACUCCCCAGGGGUUCCUGAACUUCGCUGCGUUUUCUUCUGCAGCCAACGGCGUCACCACGCCACGUGGUUAUAGCCUCAACUUCAAGAAUCUCCAGGGUUCUGUGGAAAACAAUGGCGCCAUCAUGGGAUGGUACACUCUCAGCUCGUACGACGUGGGCUAUUGCGCGAGCCAGUGCAACAGCGUCUCUGGCUGCAACGCUUUCAACAUCUAUUAUGAGCGUGACCCUAGCUUGGACCCGGCCCCAAGCUGCGCCAACCCAGCCUCCACAACCGUCAUGAAGUGCAUCCUCUGGGGCCAGGCCGUGUCCGCCGCCUCGGCCACCAACACGGGCCAGUGGCGCAACGACUUCCAGGUCGUUAUUGCGGGCUCCAACGGCUACACCAAGACCGACAUCUCGCCCAUCGACGGCUACGACGGCCCCACGCCCCUGGGCAACGCCGCGAUCCAGGCGCCCCUCGACUGCUCCGGGUAUGACACGUACCUGGGCGUCAAGAUCUUCCAGACCGGCGUGUUCGACGCCAACCUGUGCGCCACAGCGUGCACCGCGCAGAGUGACUACAACCGCCGCCACCCGCCCGCCAACGGCGGCUACGUCAAGACGUGCCAGUUCUUCAGCACGUACAUGCUCCUGAAGAACGGGAUCGCACAGCACCAGGAAUGUGCGCUGUACACCAUGGCCUGGGACCCCUCGUACGCCAAGAACAAGGGCCAGUGGCGCGGCAACGACCACUACACGAUCAACCAGUCGUACAGCUUUGUCAACCAGACCAACCAUGGCACGUCGCGCUAUCCUUGCAACGGCACCCCGAGCAAGUAA